GAGAGAGAGAGAGAAAGAGAGAGAGAGGACCCAGCGUUUCCCUGGCCGCUCCGGCCCUCAGCAUCCUCCGCUCGGCCCGGCGCGGCCUCUCUUCUGCCCUCCGCAUCCUCGGCCCAGCGGCGCCCACCACCCCCCUCCCCCGUCCGCCAUGGAGGUGCUGGAGAGCGGGGAGCAGGGCGUCCUGCAGUGGGACCGCAAGCUGAGCGAGCUGUCGGAGCCCGGGGACCCCGAGGCUCUCAUGUACCACACGCACUUCUCGGAACUUCUGGACGAGUUUUCCCAGAACGUCUUGGGUCAGCUCCUGAAUGACCCUUUCCUCUCGGAGAAGAGCGUGUCAAUGGAGGUGGAGCCGUCUCCUACGUCCCCAGCGCCUCUCAUCCAAGCUGAGCACAGCUACUCCCUGUGCGAGGAGCCCCGGGCCCAGUCUCCUUUCACUCACGCGGCCCCCAACGACAGCUUCAAUGAUGAGGAAGUGGAAAGUGAGAAAUGGUAUCUGUCCACUGACUUCCCUUCAGCCACCAUCAAGACAGAGCCGAUCACGGAGGAGCAGCCCCCAGGCCUGGCUCCCUCAGUCACUCUGACCAUCACGGCCAUCUCCACCCCUUUCCAGAAGGAAGAACCUCAUCUGGAAAUCAACAGUGGGGUUGACUCCUCGUGCCAGACAACCAUCCCUAAGAUUAAGCUGGAGCCUCACGAGGUGGAUCAGUUCCUGAACUUCUCUCCUAAGGAAGCCUCUGUGGACCACCUGCACCUGCCACCGACUCCUCCUAGCAGCCAUAGCAGCGACUCUGAGGGCAGCCUGAGCCCCAACCCACGCCUGCAACCCUUCGGCCUGCCUCAGACCCAUAGUCCCGGGAGAGCUACACCCCGGGCCCCAUCCGCCUUGUCCACCUCUCCUCUCCUCACCGCACCCCACAAACUCCAGGGAUCCGGUCCACUCGUCCUGACGGAGGAGGAGAAGAGGACCCUGAUUGCGGAGGGCUACCCCAUCCCCACCAAACUGCCCCUGACAAAGUCAGAGGAGAAGGCCCUGAAGAAGAUCCGGAGGAAAAUCAAGAACAAGAUUUCUGCCCAGGAGAGCAGAAGAAAGAAGAAAGAAUACAUGGACAGCUUGGAGAAAAAGGUGGAGUCUUGUUCCACUGAGAACCUGGAGCUUCGGAAGAAGGUGGAGGUUCUGGAGAACACCAACAGGACUCUCCUUCAGCAACUCCAGAAGCUUCAGACUCUGGUGAUGGGGAAGGUUUCUCGCACCUGCAAGUUGGCAGGCACGCAGACUGGCACCUGCCUUAUGGUUGUUGUGCUGUGCUUCGCCGUUGCAUUUGGCAGCUUCUUUCAAGGCUAUGGACCCUAUCCUUCUGCUACCAAGAUGGCUCUGCCCAGCCAGCACUCCUUACCAAAGCCAUACGCAGCCUCUGUUGUGAGAUCCAGGAACCUGCUGAUCUAUGAGGAGCAGCCUUCCCUGGAGGAGCCCUCCAGCCCUACCUCAGCUGGGGAGCUGGGGGGCUGGGACCGAGGCUCCGCCCUGCUCAGGGCGUCAGCUCUGGAACCCCUGCCAGACAUGGAACUUCCUCAUUUCAUUAUCUCAAACGAGACCAGCUUGGAGAAGUCCGUGCUGUUGGAGCUGCAGCAGCACCUGGCCAACGCCAAACUGGAGGGGAAUGAAACUCUCAAAGUUGUGGAACUGGAGCGAAGAGUGAACACCACCUUCUAAUGACACUUUCUCCAUCUUCCCUCUUCCCCUAACUCUACCCUUACAUCCCCAAAUCACCCUUGUCGUGAGCUUUUCCUCUUUACCAUUGGCCCUUGGGGAAGAUAUGGAUGAGUGUUAGUGGCUUAGGAUGGGAGGCCGGCCUGGGGCUCUGCCUACAUAUCUGCCACUCGCUCUCAUGGAGAAGGGGACCUGUGCCUCUCCCUUACUGCCUUUCUCUUACUGCCAUAGGAAAUUGUUUUAGGGUUGGCAUGGCGAUGGGACAAGCAGGCUUGUUUCCAUCCAUCACGCCCAAAGAUACUGCCUGAGUCUCCCUUCUGAGGUCGGCCCCUCUUGCGCAGUUGACAUCUCAGAUGCUAGCCCCAUGCCCACUGGGAUUUGACAAAGCACUGACUCUUGUCCUCCCUUGCUCACUCUAGGCCUCUAGUGUGAUUGCUCCCAGCAGCCCUGGGUGUGCCAGGGCAUCGCACCAGGACCCUCCCUCCGCCCCGCCCUCCGGUGCCCUCGCUGGACUGUCCCCCACUGGGGCAGACAAACACGGGGCCUCCUUUGAGAACUAAGGCCGCAAGUGCAAUGCCUGAAGGCAUCAGGCUUUUCUCCUCCAGGCCGAACUGCCCGCCAUGUUGCUUGUAGGACCUUCCUCCAUUUGCUUCCCGACAAGAACCUUAGUUGUGCCGCCCUGGCUUCUCCUCCCCACGUGUAAAUAGUAUUUAUUAGCUUACUGAGGCUCCCCGCUGGUGACCACCCCAAAGUGGCUCAGCGCCCCCCCUCCAUGGUAGCCAAGUCUCUCGUGGCAGUGGAGGAAGGCUAUGAGCUCCUCAGUCCUCCCAGAUGAUUUCCUCCCUCCCUCCCUCCCUCCUUCCCUCCCUCCCUCCCUCCCUCCCUCCCUCCCUCCCUCUCUCUCCCUCACUUUUAAAUUGGAGGCCUAGGAAGUACUUAAUAUUGAGAAAUCCCCUCAAGCCCGUGUCUCCCUCGUAGAUGGAUGCAGAAGGAAUGAUGGAGCCUUGGCCUGCUCAGACCCCGGGCUCUGUGGCCUGUUGCUUUCUCUCCCCAGAGAGAAAGGAGAGGCAGAGAAGCUUGGUCGCUCUCAGCAGGCAUGGCUGACAGCCUUACCAGCUUGCCCUCCAUACCCGCCAGGCCUCUCCUCCCUGGCCUCCCUCAGUGCGCCCUGCUUUCUCUCUGCUUGCCUUAACUAAGGGGCUGGGAAGCAUCUCCACUCGUGACCUUUCAGUAGUCAGGUGUGGCUACUUUGCAGCUUACCCAAAGAGACGUAACCCGAUCCCCAACCUCCUUCUUAUUUUUGUUUUAAAUGAUCAAAGGUAAUUUUUGUAGUUAAAAAUCUUUCCUCUCUCAUGCAAAGAAGAAAUGGAAAUUGCCUUUUUAUUGUAUUGGAUAGAAAACUCCCUUUGUGUGUCUACCCCGCCCCCAGUUUGUAAAAGAUGUUGUAUAGGAAAUAUGCUUACAUUUCGUAUUUUAUCUUAGUAGCAAUUGAAGGGCCUUUAGCUUUGCCUUCUCUCUCUCUCUGUGCGUCUGUCUUUUCUCUCUUCCUCUCUCUCUCUCUCUCUCUCUCUCUCUCUCUCUCUCUCAUACACACGCACAUCAUAUCAUCACCAUCAUCAUCUAAUCAUUUGCUGGUCUUUGGAGCCUCCAUUAAGAGAGAUUACGCCCACACCAGGCCUCCCAGUCCAUAUGAGGGACAGGACUGGGGAUCACUAGCUUUUGCCACCAUCCCCCACUAAUGGCUUCCCGCUGUCAUCAGCCUGGAUCCAUUUGGAGCCACGGCAGGGAGUGGAGAAGAUUCCUGACCAGGAGAGGGCUGAGCUGCUGAGUGGUGUGUAAGAGUCACAUCAGGUCCUGAUAGCCCCACCAUUACCCCCCCCCCCCCCCAUGCAUUGGGCCAGCUAGGACAUCCAAGCCGUAGGAGUGGAGAGAGGGAGCUGUGCACUUGGAAACCUUGGGCCUUAGUUCUUUGGGGAUUUGAUUGUCAUCCCUACCUACCCUUGCUGGAAUACAGCAGGACUUUUUCUCU